AGUUAACCUAUCGCGGGCCCCUCUAUAAUAACCACGUGCUUUCCAUUGAGCAUGGGAAAAUUUCACAGAACACAUUUCAUGCUUUUAUUGUGAUAUAACGGAUCUGUAAUUUGAGGAAAACACGGUGCAUUCACAUUGAUGUUUAAUUGUAUCAGAGGUCAACAACCGGCUCAGUUUCAGAAUCUUAGAGGCAGUUUUAUCGGCUGGAACACUUCUGAAUCGAACAGUAGGGACAUCUUUCUUGUGCGCAUGUAUGGUCAAAAGUUUUGCAGGCGCACGCAGGAGCUCCUGGGUUUGGAUAACCCUCAGCUAAGAAGAUCAGAAGACCUCAUCAUAGUAGAAAAUUGAUACCUUGGUUGGGGCUUUGUGUUGUACUGACGUGACGUGAAAUGAUGAACAUGAGCUAAGUGACGGCGGGUGUCUUUCCUAAGCUGCAAUCGGGACUCGCUGUCGUCUGCUGUAGUUGGCAAGAUGUGACUGAUUGUGUUAGAACUGGGAUUCCUGCAGAAGACAGUUAAUUCAGACUGUCAUCGAUGCCAAAGUUCCCUAACUUUCGGAAAGGACAAAAAUACACUGAAAAGGAACGAGCUUCCGUUUAGUGGUAGGCGUGUUUAUGGAGUGACGACACACAUCAACAGCUACCUGCGCGACACAGUACGGCUGAGUGAUCGCUAAACAGUGUGGGACAUAAACAAAACAGAUCGGAGUUUUUGAGGAGUACAACAAACUCGCUUAAUGUGACAAGCAAGGCCUGUUUUACUGGCCACCGGAUUAAAAACUAUUUUAAAGUUUUAAAUGAGGAUGGAAGGCAGCAUGGUUCAAGUUUUAAUACCUUCUACGGCUGGACUGACAUCAAUGGCCAAUUUGUCAACCGUCGGAUUGGCACCGUCGUCGACGGAACCAGGAACUUUUGCCACAGUUUCGAUUCCGGUGUCAAGUUUAGGUGCAAUUCCGACCACUAUUCAAGCUUCUGACAUCAUAUCUGCUGCGGCGGCCGCUGCUAUACAUACAAACGGCGAGCCGCCAGAGGAUGACGGUGAUAAUGAACGGACAGACUCAAAUGGUACAACUGAACACGACACUACCCUGUGUGAAACGUCAGAUAAUCGAAUCACUGGUGUAGAAGUUAAGACUGAACCACCAUCUCUAGAGGCACCACCGUUAGAAAAUCCAACUCAGCUACAUCCCGUAAACCUACAAGCCCAUCAACUGCAGACCGCAACCCUCCUACCGACACAUACCAUCAUAGAAAUGUUGCCACAGAAUCUCAUCGAACAUCAGCAACUUUUACAGCAGCAGCAACAACAGCUACAAGAACAGCAACAGCAGUUGCAGCAACAGUUUCAGCAGCAGCAGAGUGAACUACAGCAACAAGUGACCCAGCAACAGGAACAGUCCGGGAAACAAGGAAAGAAACAGAACCAAACCUCUGACGGUAAAGGUCAUGGUGGAGUAAACCAGCUUGGUGGUGUGUUUGUAAAUGGGCGUCCAUUGCCUGACGUGGUACGGCAGCGGAUCGUGGAACUGGCUCAUACUGGGGUCCGGCCUUGUGAUAUCUCCAGACAGUUGAGAGUGUCACAUGGCUGUGUUAGUAAGAUACUCGGCAGGUAUGGACAAACAAAGUACUAUGAAACCGGAUCCAUAAAACCGGGUGUCAUUGGAGGUUCGAAACCUAAGGUCGCCACUCCAGCAGUGGUAGAUGCCAUUACUAGAUAUAAAGUUGAAAACCCAACGAUGUUUGCAUGGGAGAUCAGAGACCGAUUAUUAGCAGAAAAUGUCUGUUCAAAUGACAACGUGCCAAGUGUCAGCUCAAUAAACAGGAUUGUACGCAAUCGAGCGUCAGACAAUGCGCGCAUGUCCAAGGAUGGCAGCUCACCUGUCUCUGGAGACGGCGGAACUCCACACGGAUCUCCAAAUGGUCAAGGAGGAACAUACUCUAUCAACGCCAUCAUGGGUCUUCCACCUCAAGGAAACUCACCACUUACAGAUCACAAUGGCAAUUCUGGAACGAAACGAAAACACGAUGAAAAUGUUUCAAAUGGGCAUGAUCCUGAGAAUAAAAAUGACCAAAUUUUAAAUAACAACAAUAUAAAUAACAUGGAUAUUUGGUAUGGUCGCCCGGCAAAAACAGCUCGGUCAGAAAACGGUGUAAUCAUGACUGACCCUACCCAGGCAGUUAUAAUGAGCAGCAACGGGCAGCUGUACCCUGCACAGGGCUUACAUCCACCUCCCUACGCAAGUUACGUCAGCGGAAACCCACCUAUAAAACAAGAGUACGCCUCAUCCCCCACCCUGGAAGACCAGAACAGAGAACAACAGCAACACAUACCGCAACAACAUCAUCAACAACAACAAAACGACAGCGCACCUACUGUGACAUACAGUCCCACCAUAGUUGAUCAAAGCAAGGGUAAUUCACCGCACGAGAUUCACGGACAGACAGACACGCACAGUAACGAUUAUGAAGCUGCGUCGAAUAAUACCGAAACAACCACUACCAACAAUUCUGCUGCUAUAAAUAGUAACACGAGCUCGGCUACGUCACCGUCGCCUAAGCCUGGUACUCCAAUUAGCGGGAAUUUAACGGAAUUGACGCCUGUACAGCCCACACUGUCUCAGGCUUACACACCCUUGCCGUCAUUUCCCGCUCAAUUUUCAAGUCAAGCGAGUACGACAUUUACUAGUGCUGUCUAUACUAAUCAAUCAGUUGUGGGAACUGCUGUUCCAUCUAUCGUCUUGCCGCCUCAAGUUACCUCCGCUCAAUACACUGGCUCAGUGCCGGGCAAUACCAGCGAAUACUACCAGACCUCGGUGCCAUAUACUCAAUACAAUUCUAAUCCAUACAGUGACCCACAAUGGGCUGCCGCAGUUAGAUACGGACCCAGUGGUAUCAUAAAUCCUCAAUACUACUACCAACCUAAUGCAGCUUCCACAGUGCGGACAGAACAGUCUGUCGCAUCCGGGGUACCUGCCAGCCCAGAGAAAUCAUAAGAGAAAUACCCUCCAUUACUGCACAUGGUUUGUGCCAUAUAGAAUGAAGUCGGUGUUGACCAUAAACAACAUUGUCAGUGACAUUAAAAUUAAAAUAGCAACUGUUGCUAACGACACUGAUAUAUUGUCAGUGGCACUUUUAUUUUGUUGACAACUGUGCUAAGGACGCUGAAGUCAAAGAAAAGGCCGACAUAGUCAGUGACUUUAAUGAAGGUAAACUGGCAAAAGUUUUAAACACAGAAACAAACAUGUUGAAGGAUCUAAUAACAUUGGCGUUAAGCACGCAGACAAUAUAGACAGAAAUAUUGGAAAGACAACGAUAAAACUUGACCACCUCAAAGGGAAGUAUGUCGUGAUUUUUGUGGUGGCUGCUAUUACUUACAUGGACUGCAAUUGGACAGUAAUAGGAAAGAGGUAUUUGCAGGAAAUCACGUGAUCAUAUGGUGUGCAGGAAUGGAGGACGAGAACUUAAUACAAAAAGUUGUUAAGUCAAGUUUGAAUGUGUUUAUAAGAUUAUAGGGUAUUUGUAUUAUUAGUAUCCAGAAAAAAAUGGAAUGUACAUUGCUAUAAUUUCUUUAUGUUGGAAGAUACGUAUUUUGAUGCAAAUAUAUACGUAACAAUGUAUGCAACGUACUGAAAUCUGACAACUGACAUGCAGGUAGCAUCACGUCCUAAUUAAAUACCCAUUGCCAUCAACGAGUUGAGUGAAGUGGUUAGUGUAGAGGCUCAGUAGAUAUUUUAGACAUAUGUUUAUAUCGAAAAGAAAGUCGUUCUUAUAUAUCUUGUAAAUAUUACGUAUGUUAAUUCAUAUGUAUUUUAUGUAUAUUUUAUACCCUUGCAAUUAAUUUUGCAAUACAAAAGUACCUAUACAUACUCAAUUUUGACAUAAUAGUUUGUAGUGUAGAAUGUAUGUGCGUGUUGUGUGAGAGGUUUAGUAUGUUUUCAUGUACAUAGAAUUCCCAAUGACUUACAACACCAGUUUGUGCUUAAUAUCUCGAUAUAGAAUAGUGUUGUCACCUCCUUAGUUUUGCUGUGGAGCUUAUACUCUUGAAAGUAUAGUUGUUACAUAAUUAAUGACAUUUCUUUCAUAAUAUUCUUCAAGGCUUCAAUAGUAACAAUCAACUUGUCUUACAAAUAUUAACAGGAGUAUUUUCAAAACUUGUCAUAUACAAUAACUAACAAAAACAUACGUGAGUUUCUAGUCUUCAUUUGAGCAAAAACAUCUUGUAUCUUUGCCUCAAGUGCUGUUAUAUUUGAAGUGAAGAAUGACUGAAGUAAGGUUACAUGUAGAUGGAUUUAUAUGUUAACUAAAUAAUUGGGAAUUUUAAGAAAAACUAUAUACUAAAUGAAUCAAGAGAUUUUGUACACUUUAUAUUGUAAUCAUGACAGACAUAUUUAGGAAUUAUAUAAAAAAAAUUGUAAAUAGAAAUUGUAAGUAUAUGAAUAAAGUGGAUUCUGCUUAGAUAUAUAAGAUUUUUCAUACUAUUGAUAUGAAAUGGUAUGUUGAAAGUAUGAAUAUGAGAGGUGUGUACUGAAUGAUCGAUAAUUUGAAUAGGGAAGUGUUUCCUGUGUACGUUGAUGAUAUGAAUGCAGAAGGUAUCGUGGAAAUGUUGAUAUGAAUGAGUAUCCAGGGGUAAAUGAAUAUGUAAACGGUAUCCAGUUUCCAGAACUUGUGACAAAAAGCUGAAAAUGAGAUAUUUUAAAUUCUUUUUAGUUUGUAAAGGAUUAUAUUAGAACAAACGAUAACAAAAGCACACAUUUGUUGUGUGAACACAUAUUUCUUGAUAUGUACAUUAAAGAUAUCAAAAUGAAAGGCAGGAAAUGUACAAAUGAUUAAAGAAGGAAGACUGUAUCUAUUUUAGAGAUUUGUAUGAAGUGAAUACAGAGCCAGUUUGUUGUGCUAAUCAGGGAAAACGUGUGAAUCUCAUAAACUUUACUCUUACAACAUAUGUACUUUACUCUUACAACAUAUGUACUUUAUCAUGACAUCGUUGUCUCGAUCCCACAAUGACCAUAAUGCAUAUCAUAUAUUUUAUUGUUUAUAUGUAUUAUCUAUAUAUAUAUAUAUGAUUGUUUUUUCUUUACAUUUUUGUUCAUCGUAUUGAUCAACAAAACCAGAAUCUGCUGAAUAUUUUUCUGAUUAUUUUCAUUAAACGUAAUUUUAUGACGCAACAUGUUGAAUAGACGACAAUAGCGUAUAUUGCCAAGUCUUCUGCAGUUAGAAAUUCGUAAAAGAGUACACAUUUUUUUUCUAAACGGUUUUGAGGUUUGAAUAGGUAUAAUUUUCUUUUUGUUUGGAACUUAGAGAUGCAGUUUUAUGACGGAUUGAUCCAAUAUGCUAUUAUGGAACAUUCACUAACUGGAGUGAUUACUUUAUUUCAGAAUGCAUCGUUUUUUAUACUUCCAAAUAUUGCAGAUAAUAUUCAUUGUCAUUGAAGCUUUCCUCUGGUCAGAUGAGUGCGAUUUUCACUGAAAUAUAUAUAAAAAAGAGUCUGCCGAGACAUCUUGUGAAGCGUAUUCAUGUUUUAAUUUACAUGUGAGAUGUUACAUGUAAUCUUAUUCUCUAACUUACCGGGUUACUAAUACGUACACACAAGAAUUGAGUUUUAGAGUUUACGUACACAUAAAUCAUUACAUGUAAUGCAUAACGUUUCACACGCAAAAGUAGUGUUUAGUAUUUAAAUAGUAAUUUCUCAAUAAUCUUAUUUUUGAUCAUACAACAUUGCACUGUUUUUAUGUAAACAUUAUUAAAACACUUUCACAGCUACAGCAGUAAUUGCAUAAUUGUAUUUUACAUUUUUGGAGUGAAGAAUAUAAAAACUGUAGUUACCUGUAAUUUGAGAAUCGUUUAGAUGUUAAACACGACUGUUUAGUGUGCAAUCAUCAGAUUAAUUAACAUAAACUUCUGUCGCAAAUGUGCAAUAAAAUGAAAAUUAGUUCAUUUUAAACUUUCAUUUCAAAUGUGAAAUAUUUUAAAAUGUACGAGGGGUAAUUUAGCUCGCACAAAACGCUCAUUUAUUGUUUGCAUAUUUAUAUGUACUACUACUUGUGCAAGCUUAACAUACUAUAGUGUUUCAGACAUGAUCUCAAUUCUGUUUUGUAACCUGUUUUCAUGACAUAUUCUGUUGACUCAUAUUUAAAUGUAUUAGCAGUUUCUUCUGUUUAGCGAUUCCUUCCUUAUUUGGUAUUUUACUAAGUUGAAAUUAAGAAGUGACAAUUUGGUUAUGCUUGUUAUAAAGAAUUUGAAAUAUUACCAUGAAACGUUACUUACUUAGUUUCCAACUGAAAUUCAUAUGUAAUGAAGUGUGCAUUUGGUAAUGUUGAAAACUUUCUACCCUACAUUUUAACAAAAACAACAGUGAAGACAGGAUAACCAUAACAGGUUAACGUUAUACAAAAAUGCUGACUUGAUCUUUUUCAUAUUUUUUACUUAUUUUACCUAAAAUUGCUGUUCCUCUUGUGGAAGGGAGGGGAAUUAGUUAAUGUUUGUUCAGACUAGGAAAAAUAUUGAAAUAUAUAUGAGGAAAACUGUUGGCGUAAAAAUGGAUAGUAGCAACUAUUAAUUAAUCAUUAUAACAAUAGGCAACAUUUAAAUUUCCUGCAUUAAGUAAUAGUGUACUGUUUAAAUCGUGGUUUCAUUUUUGUAGGGCACAUACAUUAGAUAGCUAAACAUAUAAAACUAAACACGAAACAUCUAAGUCAUAUGUUUUUGCAAUCAUACAAUUAAUCCACUGAAGUAAACAGUCUUGUUCUCUUUUAUAUUUGAUAAUUAUAUUUUUUAAUGUCUCGGUUUAAAAAAAUCGUGCAGCUGUCCGCUGUUAAUUUAGCUUUGUUAUAGUCAUGAGGAUAGUUCCUCUCUGGUUUCUUUGUGAUCAUAUUGUUGUUGCAAUUUCGUGAAAAAUCACAGUGACUACAGUUUAUUUUAGCUCCAUUGUUCUGAUACGGCUUUGUGAGCAUGAUACAGUUCUUCUACGAGUUUGGCCACAAUAUCGAAGCUUAGUUUUCUAUAUGGAACUAUGUCACAGUUUCAUUAAAGAAAGAAGUUUUAUGAAAAGUCUGAAGGAACAGAACCGUCACACGUGUGGUGGAAAAUCUAAAGUGCUACUUUAUAGAAAUUACUGUUAUUUUUUUCUUUAUUACUUUAUAGAAAAUAUGUUGUGUAUAUACAUUUUAUGUCCUUUACACAGAGAUACGAUCUAGCUAGAUUGUAUCAUAGAAACUUUAAAUUACAUGAUAGGAUAUAUUUCAGACCUAUCAUAGUUCGUUAUCUUUGUAAAUGUAUGCAUACUGAUGUUUGUCAUAAUGUCAUGAUUUUAAAAAUACAAUUUUUGUUACCUUGA